CGAACUUCAUUCCCCAUCAUGGAGAGUCAGAGAAUCCAGUCCUCAUACAGAAAGCGUUUUGGGCCUCAGGGCUCGAGCAUCACAGGAGGCAGAAUCGGGAGCCUUUCCUCAAGCCGCCUCUCCUGGCAUGGCACCCCUCGCACCUUCACCCACUCUAGCCCCAUAUCCAGAGUCUCCCUGGGCUCCACCAGCACCCUGCUCCUGGGGAGCGCCGCGGACCGGCUGGACUUCUCAGCUGACUCCUUGAUAAAGGCCCAGUUCAAGGAGAAUCGCACCAACGAGAAGAUGGAGAUGAUGGGCCUGAAUGACCGAUUUGCCAGCUACAUAGAGAAGGUCCGCCUGCUGGAGCAGCAGAAUAAGGUUUUGGUGGCAGAGCUGAACCAGCUGAAGGGGAAGGAGCCCAGCCACGCGGGAGACAUCUACCAGGAGGAGCUGAGAGAGCUGCGGCGGCAGGUGGACGGUCUCACCUCUGCCAAAGCUCGGCUGGAGAUAGAGCGGGACAAUUUUGGCUCAGAUGUGGGGACACUCAAGCAGAGACUGCAAGAGGAGAUUGGCCUCCGACAGGAUGCAGAGAACAGUCUGAAUGCCUACAGACAGGACGUGGACGAGGCAUCUUUGAAUCGCGUCCAGUUGGAGAGGAAGAUUGAUGCCCUGCAGGAUGAAAUAAACUUCCUGAAGAAGAUUCACGAGGAGGAUCUGCGUGAGUUACAGGAGCAGAUCAUGGCCCAGCAGGUGCACGUUGACAUGGAUGUGUCCAAACCAGAUCUGACCGCUGCUCUGAGGGACAUUCGGGUCCAGUAUGAGAGCAUGGCCACGUCCAAUAUGCAGGAGACUGAGGAGUGGUACAAGUCUAAGUUUGCUGACCUGACAGACGCAGCCACUCGUAACGCAGAAGCCUUACGUCAAGCCAAGCAAGAGGCCAAUGACUACCGGCGCCAGAUCCAAGUGCUGAGCUGUGACCUGGAGGCUGUCCGUGGAACAAACGAGUCUCUGGAACGGCAGCUGCGGGAGAUGGAGGACCGCUUUGCCAUGGAGACGGCCGGUUACCAGGAUACGGUGAGUCGCCUGGAGGAGGAGAUCCACGCCCUGAAGGAGGAGAUGGCGAGGCACCUGCAGGAGUAUCAGGACCUCCUUAAUGUCAAGUUGGCCCUGGAUAUUGAGAUCGCCACCUACAGGAAGCUGCUGGAGGGAGAGGAGAGCAGGAUCACAAUUCCAGUUCAGAGCUUUUCCAAUCUGCAGUUUAGAGACACUAACUUAGACACCAAAACCCCAGAGGCUCAUGUGAAGAGGAGCAUCCUGGUCAGAACAGUGGAGACCAGAGAUGGAGAGAUCAUUAAGGAAUCAGUCACGGAACACAAAGAUCUUCCAUAAAGAUUGACAACCAGCUCUCCCAUCUUGGAGGAUUCUGAAAGCAUAUUAUCACCUUGUUUUUGGCUUCCAAACCCCAAAGCUGCCCUAUCAGAAUCAUUUUAUCGUUUUAUUUCAUUUUCAUCCUUAGACUAAUCCAUUUAAUACCUUACAAUCACAAGAUAACUGUCACAUUCUGUGAAACUUCAUCACAAAAAAGUCAAAUUUAGCUUCUUCUUUCUUUUUUACAGUUCCACUUUUAGCUUGAGCUUGAACUCAAGGCAAUUCAUCUUAAAUGGUCUGUAGUUUGUUCCAGAACUGUAAAAUACUGGGGAUCUGUUUAACUUUAACUCACGCUGACAGCAUUGUUUCAGAUUAUCUGCCAUAGACGAGGCGUUGAAACGUAGCGAUCGCGUUCACACACUAACACACAGUGUGAGUGAAGGUCGACUUGUGGUGAUUGUGUACGUGAACUUUGGUGAGUUAAAAUAAGUGAGAUUUGGGGGAUGACAGAUGUCACGGUUGGAUUAAGGCAGGGGAAGAAGAGAUUUGUGUAUGUCAGAGUGUUUUUUGGCAGGAUGACAGGUGACUCUAGGCUGACUUUAUUUAACCCUCGACUGGUGCUAUUUUACAUUUCAGUGAUUGUACUGCGGCAGACGUCUCUGCCACUGUGGUGCACAGUAAAGGUCCUGCACAUGUCCGGCUUUGUAGACAGACAGGUUUGAAUUGGACAGAACUAGGGAUUUGAUUUCCGACCAGCCACAGCUGCUUUGGAUGUGGAAGACUUCACAACCACCUAGUCUUUAUGCUACCAAGUGGCAACCAGCUGUGAAUUUUAGAUUCCUCACACCAUGUUAAGGUUUUGUAGGUGGAUGGUCUUGAUUCUUUAGAUCUGAGGAAAGGUCUGUAGGAAAGUGUGCAGGCCCUUUUAUAAUUUACAACCUGACUUUACCUCUGCACCCAAACCCAGCACACACUCAUCCUGCGGUGUCUUCUGUCUCUUGCACACAACCUGAUAAGACAUCAUCAUUUUUUGACACCAGGACGUGUUAGAGUGUGCUCACACUUGUCUAGCAGUAGUGAGAGGACAGGACAGGACAGAGCCGUGGUCAAAGAUGUGGAGAGGGUGGGGUGUGUGUUUGGUGGACCCCCCCCCCCCACCCCAAGCUUCCAUUUUAUCCCAGCAAAUUCACCUGGCAGUUUUCUGCAGUGUUUGACUGAUAGCACAGAGAAGGAGAGGCGGGGGGAAAGUGACGUGGAGAUAACCUUCAACAAAUCCCACAGCCCAGCAGGACACCAGGAACAUUUAUUAUUUUACUUUGAAGGAGAGGAUGUUAAGGUGACAGAUGACAGAUGGAUGGAUGGAUGAAUUGGUGGAUGGAUAGAUGAAUGUCAUGGCUCAGGCUCUGCAGUCCAGGCUUUGUGAUUUGUUCUGGAGGCUGCUGACAGGAGCCAUGUCGACAAACUCUGCACUAAUGAGAGUUCUGCUGCGCUCAAACUGUCUUUCUCUGUGCUCAUCGUCCAAGGACACACUGUGAUUCGUGUGCCUCACACCCUUUUCUCCCCACUCCACAUCACACAACGCUCACUUUUCUGUUCAUAUGGAUAACUCUGCUGUCUUCAUUUUGUUUGUUUUGUUUUUUUUCUUAAAUAGAUAUUAAGACUCAUAAUAGAGUCAGACACGCUGCUGAACGCUGUUUUGUGAACAUAACAUUAGUUUUGACAAAUGCUACAAGCUGUGAUAUCAUUUUAGGUCAAUAACGACAAUAAAAGAACUUGUUUGUUAGAAUGAA